AUGCACGCCAAAAACCACACCGCGCCGCUUCGCCGCGCCAUUUCCUUGCGCCCCAAACAACAAAAUCGACGGCCCAGAUCGAAUCGUAACCCGGUUCCUGAUCAUCCGGACAGAGUCCGAUACACGAGCGAGUUCGUCCCGCCUCCGGAAACCUGGAAUGUCAUCUCCUUCGGGCUUUUUCUCUCCCCUGUUCCUACAUUUUGGAAAAUCAUUAAGAAGAAGGACACGGAGGAGUUCAAGCCGGACCCUUACAUGGCAACAGUACUGAACUGCUUGUUCUGGAUCUUCUACGGCAUGCCGUUUGUUCACCCUGACAGCACUCUUGUGGUCACCAUUAACGCCGUCGGCCUUGCUCUCGAGGUCAUCUACCUCACUAUCUUCGUCGUUUAUGCUUCGGCCAAAGGAAGGAAGAAGGUGGGUUUAUGGCUUGCCGGUGAAGUAAUCUUCUUCGCCGCGGUGGUUCUGAUCACUCUGCUAUGCGUGCACGGCACCAAGAACAGGUCUAUGGUGGUUGGUAUCAUCUGCGAUAUUUUCAACAUCAUUAUGUACUCUUCCCCUCUUACUAUCAUGGCGAAAGUGAUCAAGACCAAGAGUGUCGAGUACAUGCCGUUUUACCUCUCACUGACCAACUUCCUCAAUGGUUUGAUCUGGACCGCUUAUGCUCUCAUCAAGUUUGACAUCUACAUCCUGAUUAGCAACAGUCUCGGUGCACUUUCUGGUUUGGUUCAACUCGUUCUUUAUGCAUGGUACUACAAGUCCACUCCGAAGGACAGUAAGGACGUCGCCGGAAAGCCUACAACAGAAGUGCAGCUCUCUGAUACAGCUACCGGAGCAGCUAUAGUCUGAUGAUUUUACUCCGCAUCACCGGAUUCCGUUCAAGUUUUUUAACUUUUUUCUUCACCUUCGCCUUAGUUUUGAUAUGGAAAAUUUUUCUAGUACAUUUUAAUUUCUCUUGCCUGAUUAAUUUCGGGUUUUCAAGAUUGUAAAUAUUUCAUUUUUGCUAAGCAGUGACGGGUAACUGAAGCACUGCAUAGGCAAUUUUUUUUUAGGUUUUGGAUUUAAUUUUAGUGACAGUUUAUGCUUUGGCAAAUGUCUUUAUGUGCACCAACUUUUUGUGCUAUUUUUCUUUGGUUAAUGGAUCAUGGAUGGAAAGAGUCGCAACAAAACUCGUUGUUACUCUUUUCGGUCAAACAUUA